UGAAAGAAAAACCCUUCCAGAAAUAUCACUUUCUCUAACAGGUGGUGUUUGCCGUAGAGAGAGAGAGAGAGAGAGAGAGGAUAUUUUCUGAAACAAGACAAAGAAUAGCAUACAAACUCAAAUUUCCUUUCCGAAAGAAACCUUCAAAUCAUUCCCGUUAUGGACACCUGAAAACGCGUAACAAUGGCGGAAACAGUUCUAGAUAUAGUAGUCCGUACAUUAAGCGGCGAAUCUACCAUUGUCAGCCUCUCUGCUGACAGCACUAUUGAACAUCUCAAGAUUCUUCUCAGGCGGAACUUUUCUCCGGCCACUCGUUACCCCAAUUUUCACCUGUAUUUCAAGGGUGUACAAUUGGGUUUGCAGAGCAUCAUUAGUGAGCAAAAUAUUAGUAACGGUGAAUUUUUAGUACUCGUUCCGUUUACUAAGAAGCCCUCUAACGUGAUUCGGCAAUCUGAUCAAUCUAGAACCUCCGUAAACACUGCGAAUGCAAAUUCAAUCUCAAAAGUUGCCGAUCAAGCAUGGAACGAAAUGAUGCAAGAUAUUUCGUCUCUGCAUGACUAUGCAAAAACUGAUGAACAGAGUGGACAUGCUGGUAACUCUAACGUUGAAGACAGAGAAGAAAAAAUGGGAGGGAAUGCUUGCUCCAGUUUUUCUGAGGUGAAACGCAAAAGGGGUAAUAAUUGUGGGAAUGGAGAAAAAGAGGCAAAGAAAAGUUGUGCAGGUUCGAAUUCAAGUUCUCAUUCAGGCCUAAAGAGAUGUCAUGUUACAAAUUCAUUGUCACCUUUGGAAAUGGUUGAACAUCUUAGGAAGAGAAUUGGAUCUUAUGGACAGGUGGUGCAUGUUGAAGACAUUGGUGCUAGGGAAGCAAUACAUGAGGAAAUUCCAAAUAAGAUAUCGCAGUGUAUGAUAAAUGCACUUAAACGAAUGAACGUGUCUAAAUUGUAUAGCCACCAGGCAGAAUCUAUAGAAGCUUCCCUGGCUGGAAAGAGUGUUGUCAUAUCAACAACAACAUCAAGUGGGAAAUCUCUUUGCUACAAUGUGCCAGUUCUGGAGGCGUUGUCCCAGAAUAUGUCAUCAUGCGCUCUGUACUUGUUUCCAACAAAGGCUUUAGCUCAAGAUCAACUACGGGCUUUAUUGCUCAUGACAAAAGAACUUGAUUGUGACUUGAACAUCGGUGUAUAUGAUGGUGAUACUUACAAAGGGGACAGGAGAUGGCUUCGUGAUAAUUGUAGACUGUUGAUCACAAAUCCAGACAUGCUGCAUUUAUCAAUAUUGCCAUACCAUAGACAGUUCCAGCGGAUUUUAUCAAAUCUUCGAUUUAUAGUUGUGGAUGAGGCUCAUGCUUACAAGGGAGCAUUUGGCUGCCACACUGCUCUUGUAUUAAGAAGACUUCGCCGACUUUGUGCGCACGUGUAUGGAAGUGAUCCUUCUUUUGUAUUUUCUACUGCAACUUCUGGAAAUCCCCGUGAACAUUGUAUGGAGCUUGCAAAUCUACCAUCAAUUGAGCUAAUUCAGAAUGAUGGAAGUCCUUCUGCUAGGAAGCAAUUCAUCUUUUGGAAUCCUUUUGUUCAUCAAGAAAAUGUGUCAAAGAAAACACAAGAUAACAUGAAUUCUAUCAAACCGGAUGUUGAAAAUACUAACUUCAGAAGUUCAAGCCCAACUUUGGAAGUUUCACUGCUCUUUGCAGAAAUGGUUCAGCAUGGGCUUCGUUGCAUCACAUUUUGUAAAACACGUAAACAAUGUGAACUUGUCCUAGAGUGCACGCGUGAUAUUCUUCGGAAGUCAAAACAGACAAGUCAUCUGGUUGAUUCUAUAUGUGCUUAUCGUGCUGGCUACAUUGCUCAGGAUAGGAGGGCUAUAGAGAGAGAUUUUUUUAGUGGGGCUCUUUGCGGGGUAGCUGCUACGAAUGCCCUGGAGUUGGGUAUUGAUGUUGGGCAUAUUGAUGUAACUUUGCAUCUAGGUUUUCCUGGUAGCAUUGCUAGUCAUUAUACCUUAAGCAUGUGGCAACAAGCUGGCAGGGCGGGGAGAAGGGAAAGAGAUUCUCUUGCUGUAUAUGUUGCAUAUGGUGGUCCUCUUGAUCAAUAUUUUAUGAAAUAUCCAAGAAAGUUUUUUGGGAGCCCAAUUGAAUGCUGUCACAUUGAUGCUCAAAACCAGCAGGUUCUUGAACAGCAUUUGGCCUGUGCUGCUCUUGAACAUCCAUUGAGUUUGCCUUAUGAUGAAAAGUAUUUUGGUGCUGGUUUAAGCAGUGCCAUAGUGUCUCUUAAAUAUAAAGGAUUUUUAAAUUCCAAUCCAUCAUGUGAUCCCUUGAAUAAAAUGUGGAACUACAUUGGGCACGAGAAAAUGCCUUCACAUUCAGUUAGUAUCCGAGCAAUAGAAACUGAAAGGUAUGAAGUAUUAGACCAAAAGACAGGAGAAACCCUUGAAGAGAUUGAGGAAAGCAAGGCUUUCUUUCAGGUAUACGAGGGUGGUGUAUAUUUACGCCAAGGAAAGUCGUACUUGGUCAGACAGCUGAACUUAUCUAGUAAGAUUGCUCUGUGUGAAGAAGCUGACUUGAACUAUUACACAAAACCUCGAGAUUGCACAGAUAUUGAAGUUGUUGCUGGUAAUAUUGCAUAUCCUGCUCAGGCUUCACACAUCAAAUUUUCAGGAACAGCUGCCCGAGCAGAUCCUUGCAAAGUGACAACUUCUUGGUUUGGGUUCUUUCGAGUGUGCAAAAAAUCUAACGAAAUAUUGGACAAAGUCGACUUCUCACUUCCCAAGUAUUCAUUCAUGUCACAGGCAGUUUGGGCUCCGGUUCCACAGUCAACAAAAUUAGCUGUUACGAAGAAAAACUUGAAUUUUCGUGCAGGCUUGCAUGCUGCUUCUCAUGCUCUCUUGAAUGUGGUCCCUUUGCGUGUAAUAUGUGACUCGUCAGACUUGGCUCCAGAAUGUGCAAACCCUCAUGAUAACCGUUAUUUUCCGGAAAGAAUUUUAAUAUUCGAUAAACAUCCAGGAGGCACAGGUGUCUCUGUACAGGUUCUACCCUUUUUCAUGGAGCUCUUAACCGCUGCUCUGGAGCUUCUUACAUCUUGCCAUUGCUCAGGAGAUUUCGGUUGCCCUCAUUGUGUUCAAAGUUUUGCUUGUAAAGAGUAUAAUGAAGUUCUGCACAAAGAGGCAGCCAUUAUGAUAAUUAAGGGUGUUCUUGACGCAGAGCAUUUGUAGGUUCAAUGGUUCUUGUGACUCUUCUGGAAUCUUUACAUCAAGGAACUAUGACGUUAUAAGCACAUGAAAACUAUGAACUUCGACAAGCAUAAAAAAAGACAUCUUCCUGGUCCGAUGAUAUGUACGUAUAGCUUGUAAGUAUUUAUCUUUUCAUGUAUUCUUUUCUCUUUAUUUAGGCAAGUAGAGAAUGGGUGUUUUUUCUUUCCUAUUCUUUACUACAAAAUGAUUCUUUAGUAAGCACAGUUCUAUGAGUAAUUCAUUGAUGGACUGAUUUUUUAGCCGGUUGGUAACGUAUAAUUCAUAGAUAUAUAUUCUAAAGAGAGUAAUGAGUUGUCGCAAUAGAUUUGUCAAUUUGUGUAAAACUUAACUGACAUGAGAGCAAAUUUAGUCAUUAUGAAUGCAAGCUACAACAAAAAGAAAAUUGGUUUUAA